CUGGUUUCCGGCUUUAUCUCCUCUUUCCCCAUGGUAAGGAUAGAAGCAGAAACUGGAUUUUGGCUCAUAGAGUCCUGCAGGAUUUACCAAUCAGAAAAAUCUCCCAAGAAUUCUCUUGAAUGGACCAAUAUUGGUCCUCAGAAGUAGAAGAGUUGUAGCAUCAAUGAAAGCGAUGCUUCCUCACUGGACAGGCCAAUUACACUGACUUAACAUACAGCCAGGAUUCCUUUCCCCUACCCUUCUCAACAGAGACAACGUUUGAAUACACAGUCAGGAUUGGAAGAAGGGGCAGGACUCCCAACAGGGGCUGCAUUAGAGUAGAAGGUGACGCUAAAAAUGAAAAUGGAUCCACAGAAUCCACUGGUAAGCCUUGGGAUAAGGAAGGCAUUAGGAGGGACAGAAAAAAUGCCCCAUGCCACUGAACCUGGUGGCAUUAAAGAAUUCCCAAGCUGUGCAGCAUCAAAAAGGGUUAAACAGGACCCUGAUGGAGGACAGUCCAAAGAAUGGGAAGACCAAUGGCAAGUGUUUUUGAAGGCACUGGAUUCCCCUCACUCAGGAUGGCGAACUUCACAGCUGAGCAACCCAGAGGCAUGGGAUGAUGCUAAGGCUUUUCUGGCCUCCUUUGAGCAAGUUGCCAGAGCCUGCCAGUGGCCUAGAGAAGAGUGGGCGGCCCGGCUCUUGCUGGCACUUAGUGGAGAGGCAGAACAGGCCUUUAGCAGCCUGGAAGCCAGAGACAGAGAGGACUAUGGGAAAGUGAAGGCCGCCAUCUUGCGAGGGGAUGCCAUCACAAUGGAGACCCGGCGCCAGCACUUCCGGCAGUUCCGCUACCAGGAGGUGGAAGAUCCGCGGAGGGUUUACAGCCAACUGCAGGAGCUUUGCCACCAAUGGCUGAAGCCAGAGAGGCACACCAAGGAGCAGAUUCUGGAGCUGCUGAUUCUGGAGCAGUUCCUGACCAUUCUGCCACCAGAAAUCCAGAGCUGGGUCCGGGAAUGUGGCGCAGAGAACUGCGUCCAGACAGCAGCCCUGGCAGAGGAUUUUCUGAUGAGCCAGCAAGAGACCGAGAUGUGGAAGUGGCAGGUGCCGCUGCCACCCAAAGAUGCGAGCAUGAAUCCACUGGAUAAUGGGAAGAGAGAUUUGUAUGUGCAGGCCGAGGAGGGGGAAGGCAUAGCUGUUGGUUCUCCAGAUGGUGGAAUAAUGCCCUCAAGUCAUUCCAUAUCAUUGCUUCCCACUGAGGGACGUGAAUCUUCUGAAGGAGCAGCAGUCGAGGGGUCUGUGGACUUUGAACUUGCCAUGCAUUUCACUGAGGGGGAAUGGGCCCUGCUGGAUCCGGGACGAAGAGCUCUGUAUAGGGAAGCCAUGCCAGAUAACUAUGGUAGUGGAGCAUCUCUGGGACCACAGUAUCUUCUUGGAGAUCGUCCCACUCUGACCAUGGAUAGUGGAGGUGAAAGGGCUGCGAAGGCGCUCAUGCAGGAGGUAUCAAAGGAGCAUCUGGUGGACCUGAAAGAGGAAGGUACGCCUAAUGAGCUGAGGGGCAGCAAGGAGAUGCUGAUAGAAGAUGACAAAGAGGAGGAAAACCUGGCCAGCAGUGAGUUAGUGACUCCAGAACAUUUUUCUGGGCUUAUCAGUCAGCCGGCAUCUGCUUCUCAUAGUCCACCUUUGGCACCACAAGAUAAUGAGGAGUUGCAAGGAAAUGUGAAUGACCCACCAGACAUGAUGGAUGAUACUGCUAAAGCAUUGGAGGACAGCAGCAGUGAAGAAUUAAUAAUAGAAGAUGCUAAAGAGGAGGAACAUGGUGUCAUCGAUGGGGCACCAGUGUCACCAGAUUCAGAAGUGAUUGACCUAAGGAAAAAAAGAGAAGAGGAGGAUGUAGAAGCAGAAAACAGCCAUGAGCAGAUCGUGGUAAGAAUUGGGCUAUUCCUGUGCCAUAGUCUGAACUUUUGUCCCAUUCCCUCAGUGGGCGACAAGGAAUCUCCAGCCCUGAGACUUGAGGAAAUAAGGCAGAAAUACAGCGACUUGUGUCAGAACAGCGCAGCCUUCCAGGAGACGAUGCUGCGACUCAAAGCCGGCUGGGUAAGCAAGAACAAGGAAGGGGAGCCUUCACUGGGCAGCUCAGAGCGAUUGCAGCUCAACAGGAUUAUGUGGGGCGGAGACGAAGUCAGCUUUCCCCAAGGAGAAGGCCAGGCAGGAGUCUUUGAGAGCCGCAUUGAGCCAGAUGGCUGUCUGCUGGAGAACAGAGGCCUGAUCUCCAUUCCUUUUGGUGGGGGCUUCUUCGAUUUCAGUGAGUUCGCCGUCCAGCAAAGCUUCCUCCAGAAGAAGAACCAGGAGAUCUCCAAGAACUUUGGGGCAAGCCUGAGUGCAAGUUCCCAGCUCAGGGGGCCAGAGAAACCUCAGCCAGUCGAGAAGCCCUACAAGUGUAACGAAUGUGGCAAGAGCUUUGGGAAGAGGUCGACCUUGAACACCCAUGGGAGAACCCACACAGGGGAGAAACCAUUCAAGUGCUCGCACUGUGACAAAAGGUUCAGCCAGAGUUCCCACCUCCAGCUGCACGAGAGGACCCACACUGGAGAGAAGCCCUACAAGUGUCUGCUGUGCGAGAAGAGCUACAACCAGCGCUCCAGCCUCAUUAUCCACGAGCGAAGCCACACGGGAGAGAAGCCGUACACCUGCCUGGAGUGCGGAAAGAGCUUCAGCCAGAAGGCCACCCUUGUCCUUCACGAGAAGAGUCACCGGGGAGAGAAGCCGUACAAGUGCUUGGAGUGUGGGAAGGGCUUCAGCUUGAGCGCAGACCUCAUCCGGCACCAAAGCAUCCACACGGGAGAGAAGCCUUACACCUGUUCGGACUGCGGGAAAAGCUUCAGCCAGAACUCUCACCUCAUGGCCCACAUCCGGACCCACACGGGCGAGAAGCCUCACAAAUGUCUGGAGUGUGGGAAGGGCUUCAACUGGAGCUCGGAACUCAUUGCGCACGAGCGGACCCACACGGGUGAGAAGCCGUACCAGUGCCUGUACUGUGAGAAGAGCUUCAGUGUCCGCUCAAGCCUCAGUAAGCACGAGCGGACCCACACGGGAGAGAAACCGUACAUCUGCCUCCAGUGUGGGAAGGGCUUCAUCCAGCGGUCCAGCCUAGUGGCACACGAGAGAUCUCACACGGGCGAGAGGCCAUACAUGUGCUUGGGUUGUGGGAAGUGCUUCCGGGAGAGCUCCCAGCUCAUUGCGCACGAGCGGACGCACACCAGUGAAAAGCCCUACGUGUGCCCAGACUGCGGGAGCUGCUUCAAGGCGAAGGCAGCCCUGGUCCGGCACCAGCGAAGCCACAUGACUCUACACUCUUUUAUAUGCUCCGAAUGCAGGAAGGUUUUCUCAUCGGGCGAAGAGAACCCUGAAAAGUGCCCCGAGUGUGUGAAUCUAAGUCUGAUGUCUGACCUCUCACAGGCAUCGGAAGAGGCCUACCCGGAGGUGGCAGAAGAGGCCUACACGGAGGCAGCGGAAGAAGAGAGUGAAGAAAUCAAAAUGUGAAAAUCUCUUGUCAGUCAAAGCUCCCAACCUUUUCCCAAGAAGAGAAUGAUGUAAAGGAACCAAGAUGCAGCGGAUGGUGAACUUUGUUUUGUGAAGAAGGAAGUGACAGUGGGAAGAACUGCCUCAUGAAAACUGGUUGAUGACUAGGCAAUGGGGAUGAAGAGAGAGCCCCCCCUUCCCUCCUCCUUCCUGUCAGCCUGCUGCUAACUUCCCUCCUCACCAUUGCCAUAUUGCCUCCCCUUCCUUCUCCCCUCUCCUCCCCACAUUUCCUAUCCGUACACAUUUCUCUCUUCUAUGCUGUUCUUGGCAAGCGAAAGAAGAAAGGAGAACUGUAGUUGCUUAGCAACAGGCUGCCAUGUUCUUCUCCUUCCCAGUAGCCUGGAAUCGGGAAAUGGCAAGUGCCUGGCCAAGAACAGGUGGGGGGGUUAUCUUCCUUCCCCUUGCAAAAACUAUACAUUUCAGGCCCCUGGAAGGGGGAAAAGUGAGAAGUGCACAUAUGAGAGAAAGGAAAAGAAGGAAAAUGGAACCUACCACAGUUGUGACAUCUACUGCAUUUCUCUUCCACCCACGAUACCAGCUGGAAAUACUCUUUCUGGCAAGCAGCUGAUGCAUAUUGGCAAUCUGGGAACCAAAUGGCACCUCUUGAGGGCCUGGUUUGGACCAGAUUCUUCUUAGUUGCUGACGCUAUGCGGACUAUUAUGUAACCUCAAUUUCACUAAGGCUUUUUGAAUGAAUCCCCACACACACACACACAAAAAGAACUUUCCAUGAAAUAAUUUAUAAAACAAACCAGAGGUGGACACACAACUUUGAAGUGUUGUGUAACAGCGGCCCCAAGCAGGCCAAAGGCCAAUCCACAGGAGUUACCAGUGUAUGAUGAGAAUUUGAACCUACACAGAUGAUUUUGCCCCAAAGGGCUUCUUUUUCUCCCUGUCUUUCUUUUAGUUGGCCCUGAGAGAUGGAUUGAACUGUGGCAACAUAGAGGAGUGGACCAGUAAUAGAACAAGAGAAGAAAAUGCCUUAGAUGAAUUGCGUUUUGAUUGUGGAAAAUGAAUUCUCUUUCUGUCUUGUUAGCAUUCAGCUUGAGUAGCAGGCUCAACUGGCAAUAUGUGUUAUUUAUUUUGAUAUAUCGAUAUAAAUAUAUGAUCUUGCUCUUCUUUGUCACAGUGAGGGUGGGCUUCUACCUGAAGCAUCUGGGUUGGUUGAAUUUCCAAGCCAUGCAGUACCUCCUUUUCUCCACUUUCCUGCCCAGCUCCAGAUUUGGAUGGAGAGCAUGGAGAAUAAAGCCUGCUUUACAGAUGCAGCAGAAUGAGGAGAGUGGACUGUACUGUUGCAUGAAGAGAAAUUGCAUUUCUGCAUCUUAACCCAUGGUAUGUCUCCUUAAACCCUGCAAAUAAAAAGCUAAAACACAUCAGAGAAAGAAUAUCUAACCCAGCCUGCUUCCUGUUGUGCCAUUUUUCUACUUGCAGGGAGGUUGACUUAUGCAGGGGAACACUUUUUUAACAAUGUGGUUUUGCUUUCUGCAUGAUCUUGCUUUCUCCCUUUUAAGCCCUGCAAACAGAAAACUAGUGCAUCAGAGAGAUGAGAUCCACCCAUUCCCUUCUGUGCUUCUUUUUUACUGGUAGGGAGCAUAUUUUAAAGACAGGAGAGCAUUUAAAAAUGCAGUCCAGCCCAUCUGCAUUCUGUCAACUCAUUCUGCUGCAAGUCUAGAUUCUGUCUUCAUCACUUUGAUGAAACCAUUUUCCAGAGUUCCUUGUCAGAAGAAUGACGACAGUCAGUUAUAAUCUGUAGUAAAAGCAAGCCCUGGGAUAGCAAAGAGAGCUUGGCUUUGAGCUGUAAUGAGCAUAUUAAGAUCCUCUGUAAUAUCCUAGGAGCCCUGUAAUUAGCUGAGUACCCCUAUUAGUAUUACACAGAAUGGGGUGAUAAAAUGCUGGACUGUAUCACUUUGGUCUGAAGGUGGGGGAACAGGCUGUAAUGGAUGCCAACUUCUCAGACCCUUUGGAACCCUGGCCUUAGAUGAACAGCAGCUGCAGUUCGAAUGUCUGCCUGUGUCUUCUGAGCAGUUCAGCUGAGCGGGUUCAUGGGAAACCCCAGUGCCUGUUCCAUCAUGUGUUCAUCUGAACUGAUUUGUGGCUGCGUCAGAAGUUCUCUCUCUGAUGUGGUAUGGUCUUGUGGGACUGUACAAUCCCUGGUCAUAUGUGGAAGGGUUGGACAAGGAUGCCCAUGUCAGAAACCACCUGCAUAUGACAAGCAUAAUUGGAGAGGCUCCUGGAUUGCUUGACCUGCAAGUGUUCUGGGUGCAGAAAGAUGGACUAGUUCCAGGAGUUCUCAAAAUGGCUGAAGGGCCACUGUGGCUGGGGAGGAUGGGGGUAGUAAUCCAGAAUCUGGGCACCCAAAUUGAAGAGCCCCUGGAACCCAUGUCUGUUUAACCAUGGGUGGAUUUUCAAACAUGUAGUUUCCUCCACAUGCACCACUGGAGAUUUCCCAGACACUGGAAUCUGCUCUUUAAAAACAUUACAUUUUUAGCUGAAAUACCAGGUAGGAAAACGGCACCUGUCUCUCUUCUGUAUAGCAUCUGUCCCAAUGCCACCUGAAUCCGUACAUUCUAGGGGCAGGAUAUAGUCACAGGCAAAACCCUCCUUGUUUUAUACAUCUGUUAGCAGGAAAGGAGAGAGAUGAUUGGCUAUUUGCCUCCAGCUGCUGAUAUUGAAAAUUCUUCCAAUACUGUAUCCAAAAUGGCUGGCUGUAUGUUCCCCAAUUCUUGCUGAUUCUUUUUAUUUUACAAUUGUACUAUUCUUUCUAUCUGUUAUUUCAGGCUUUUCUUUUGAGUGUGCUUUUUUCUUUCACUUCUUAACCUCAAUAAAAUGAUCUCUAAAAAGGCAAAA